AUGGCACCCAAUGACUCUGUUCCCGGGCUGGUCACAGCUGACCCAGGCCUACCACGGCCCAACCCCACACAUUCCUACUGGCAACACAUUCCACAUGCGCUCGCGGACGUUCAAUCACCGGACUUGCCAACCGAUCAAGAUUUCGCGAUCAUUGGAUCCGGGAUCACAGGUCUGGCAGUGGCUAAAACUCUACUGGAACAACAUCCCACUGCGAAAGUAACUGUGUUGGAGGCUCGGGCGCUCUGUUCCGGGGCCACUGGACGCAAUGGUGGUCAGAUGGCUGCCAAUGCGGGAGAACAGUAUUCAAGUCUGGCGGAGACUCAUGGUGCCGAAACAGCGGGCAAGAUAGUGGAUUUCACUUUCCAUAAUCUGGAAAAGAUGCAGGAGCUGAUCAGAGAAUAUGAUGCUGUGGAACUGAGCGAGAUGCAAAGUCUCCAGAAAUUGCGAGUGUUUCUCACACAGGGCAAAUUCAAUGAAUUCAAAAGAAGCAUUGAGCACCUGGAAGCAGAUCAUCCUUCUAAAAAAGGAUUGUAUACAAUUGUGGACGCCGACACAGUAGUCAAGAACCAUGGAAUCCACGGCACAUUUGGAGGCGCACUCCUUCCUGCUGGCACAGUUUGGCCAUACCGUCUGGUCACAAAGGUAUUCUCUGCGCUGUUGGAAAAGUACCCCGAGCGACUAAAACUGGAAACCCAUACUCCGGUCGAGUCCGUUGAGUAUACUUCUCCAUCACGAUCGCCUGCAGGAGCCAUCAAUUUCUACGCAUUGCACACUCCUCGUGGCUCACUUCGCGCUGGAGUUGUGAUUCAUUGUACCAACGGGUACAGUGGCCAUCUUCUGCCCAAGUUAAGAGGACUGGUUCAUCCUUUCAAAGGCACAAUGACGGUUCAAGAUCCAGGAAACUCUGUACCGAAUCGGGGUGCUGCUUUCUCAUGGGGCUUCCAUUAUCCGCCAUCCUCUGACCCGCAAACUAAGCGCGUUGGAUACGGACUUUAUUAUCUUGGACAGAGUGCCAAGUCCGGGUAUUUUUACUUCGGUGGGGAGAAUGCUCGCGUUGACGAGUCAGUGACAGCCGAUGAUAGCUUCGUGGCCGAGCACUCUGUUGGUCACCUUCAGUCAGUUCUGCCAAAAUUCUUCGGUAAAACAGAUAUAUCCAACUGGCGUCUGAUCGGUUCAUGGAGUGGGAUCAUGGGUGAAACACCCGAUGGGCUUCCGAUUGUUGGGCAGUUGUCACCGGCAUUGACAGGGCGAAAAGGGGACGGCGAAUGGAUUGCCGCCGCAUUCAAUGGUUAUGGCAUGGCAAAUAGCUUGAUGAGUGGCGAGGCCUUGGCUUUGAUGAUACUUGGAGAGGAUGUUAGUAGCUGGCUUCCACUCGCGUACGGACUAGGGGAAAAGAGGUUGCGGGAAACGCUCACGAUCCCUAAGGCCGUCGACGCCCUCUCGAAGCUAUGA